AUGAGUCGUGAGAGUUCUGAUCACCUGGCCAGCGAUGCGGAUACCGACGCUCCGCUCUCGGUUCCGGAAUUGUUGUCCGUAGUCCAAAAGUCUGCAGACCGGGACCGAGCAGCGUCGGUGAACCCGUCUAGCAGUGCCAUUCGUGGCCAACAGGACUUUUUGAGGGACCCUGGUACAACCGAGGCUCGCUUUGCAGGACCUGCGCAAGUCUCGUUCUUAUGCACGCUAUCAUCAGAGAACUCGGAAGAUGAAGGGGGUUCCGGGGUUUCAGCCCAACAUGACCACGGCAAUGGACACCCACCACCUUCGAUUGGCACCAAUAGUGUCUGCGACGAUUAUGGAAUCUCACAGCAUCAACUGAAUCGGGAAACCUCCGCAUUAAUCGAGGACGAAGUCGACACUGUGCCAGCAGAAGACGCUCUCCGUGGGCUUGCCAACGAGAGCGUGAUUCCACCGCAUAUCGCGACUGGAGAACGCAAAAGCUUACAAGCGUCAUUGAUAAAGGCUCUGGUCCGGCAAAAUGAUGGCAGGGAGUUUCUUCCCUUGGCGAAGCUUGACGAGUUAGUCACUAGAAAGGUUGUGGAGCGUCAGCUGAGAGGUGAAUUCGGAGCUUCAUCUGGAGAGCCCGAUAUCCAGCGAUGUGUCGAGUACGUCUGUAACCGCAAAGAGGUUGAAGGCGCGAGGCAUCUGAAGUUCACAUCGGGAAGACGGCUUUUUGCCCUUCUGAUCAUGAUUGAAAAGUUGGAAAGCUUUAAUGAUCUUAGAAAUGCCGAUCUAUGCGACAUCGAUCUGCCCCUGAAGGGACUCGACGACACCCCCAAAAGUGCCUUAAGAGAUAAGGAGUUUACCUGCUUUCAAUCUUGGUCAACUUUCAAUCUGCGCUCCUUCGAAGAGUGGCAGUGGAAGCUGUUAGCACCUUACUUUUGGACAGCAGAGGAUCCGAAAGAGAAAGUCCUGUUUUACAGGCUUGCGCCUCAAACUGUUAUGCCGUGGACUGAAGAGGAAACCGCAGCAGUGGAGCACUAUGGAGGCCAAAGCUGGGUGAAGAAAGUGAAGAUUCAUAAAUCGCAUCACAACUUCAAAUCUCUAGAGGGGCGCGAUUCUUACUUGGCGGUCAAGAAGCUUCAUUCAAGAAAUGAGAAGCAUUUUCAAAAGGAAGUCGACGCCCUGAAGCGAUUCAGCACCCGGUCGAAAUCAAACCUUGUCCGGCUGCUGGCAACAUAUCAGCAUCAAGAUGAUUAUUUUCUGCUUUUCCCCUGGGCAGACGGGAACUUGAGAGAUCUGUGGGAAGCUGUUGGUUCCCCAAUGUCCCAACCUUCGCAGGAAGGGACAGUUUGGAUGGCUAAAGUAUGUCAUGGUAUUGCCUCUGGUUUGGCACAAAUCCACAACCAUACACCAACCGAAGAGAUGAAUGGAACCACGCUAGCCUCAAGCCCCCGGAAAGCGAACGGCAUUACAUCUAAGGUCGAUAUGAUUGGCAACAAAAUGGUCUUUUCUGGUGGCGAAGACUCCAGCAGACAAAGAUAUGGCAGGCAUGGCGACCUGAAACCGGAGAACAUCCUAUGGUUCAAGGACCCUGAUGGGAAAUCUCAUCACAACAUUGGAGUACUGAAGAUCUCAGACUUCGGCCUAACAAGAUUCCACAGCAAACGUUCGGUGUCGGAGCGAGAGUCGCAGAGAACCGUGGGAUUUUCAAACACUUACAGAGCGCCUGAAAUCGAUCUGAAGACAGGGAUCAACCAGCACUACGACAUAUGGACGCUAGGAUGCCUUUACCUUGAGUUCAUCACAUGGUUUAUGGGAGGCUGGGAAGACGUCGAGAAGGUCUCAGUACUCCGACUUGAGGAGGACAAGUUGAUCAGCAAAGACCCCGACUGGAUACCAGAAGACAACUUUUUCAGGCUUACCCAUGGUUCAACCGGGGCAUGCCUGAAAGACUGCAUGCGGAAGUUUCUCGAUUUUGUAGAGAACGACAUGUUGCGCAUCGAAAAGAAGGAAAGGGUGGACUGCUCUGAAGUCGUGAAUACUCUUCACAGGCUUCUGACAGUUUGCAAGGGAAAUAAGAGUUUCUGCGUCACGGCUGCGCCGAGACCCGUUGAAUAUGGCAGGCUGUUCGUGGAUAGCGUUACGAAUUUCGGGACUGUCGUGUGUCUUUUCUCGAAGCUUCCUCACUCUGGACAUCUCAUCGGAGCCUAUCGUGGUUAUAAUUGCCGCUCACCCGCAUCCUGGCCGGGUGAUUUGGCAAUGUCAAUGACAUGGUUUCCAGAGCGAAACUUUUGGUACGCUGUUUUCUACGGAUGCGAUCCGUCUACGGAACUAGAGAUUUCUGGAAGAUUGCGUUACUCUGGCGAUGCCAUAUGUCAUCCCUUGCUGAUACCUGGCAUAUUCGCUGAGCUCGAAAGAAAAAGGCAGAUUAAGAUGGUGAAGCAAGGUAGCCUUAAGCUCGUGGAGACUGUUGCAACUCUUCAUGAGGUCCAUCAUAUGCCAUCUGAUGCUGAAAGACCACACCAGAAACCAUAUGAUAGCCAUAGCCCAGGUCCGGAUUUGACCGCAAACAAGGAGGUUGAUCCCUGGCUGGAUAUCUACCAUAAGAAGAAUGGCUUACUGAACUGGAAGGACCAGUUAAAUAAGAUGGUUACUCAUGCAGAAGAGCUCAACAUCACUAACUUCAGCCACGACAUAAAUCAAAGCUCGGAUAUCAACGAGUUUCGAAAGCGCAUGCGGGAUACCGGAGAUAGAAUCAAAGAAAGGCUACAAGACAUCAUUCGCGAAUAUGACGAAAGGAUAAGAGACUGCGAAAGAAACUUGGAAGGAAUGAGUCUAGCGAACCAAAUGGCACACACAAAAGCCAAUAUGGAGAUAGCGUCAAGGACUAAGUCGGACAGCACUCAGAUGAAAUCUAUUGCUCUGCUCACGAUGGUCUUUCUUCCCGCAACAUUUCUAGCCAGAUCCCGUCGUAUAGAUGAAGUCAACUUGACUGAUGUCGAGCUAUAG